AUGGCCUUCUCCACUAUGUCUUGGAUGUUCCUCUCCUGCCUGAUGCUUUUAUCUCAGGUCCAAGGUGAAGAGCUGCAGAAGGUUCCACCCAGUGGGCAACCGGCUGCACGGAUCAGCUGUCCAAAAGGUUCUAUGGCCUAUUUCUCACACUGCUAUGCCUUAUAUAAGACACCAGCUACCUGGAUGGAUGCAGAAAUGACUUGCCAGAGGCGGCCCUUGGGACACCUUGCAUAUGUGCUUACUGGAUCUGAGGCCUCCUUCGUGUCCUCCUUGAUCAGAAACAGCAUGAGUGCCCAGUCCUACAUCUGGAUCGGGCUUCAUGACCCCACAGAGGGCUCUCAGCCCAAUGGAGUUGGAUGGGAGUGGAGCAGCACUGAUGUGAUGAACUAUCAAGCCUGGGAGAAUAGGCCUCCCACAAGCCCCAACAAUGGUUACUGUGGCAGUGUGACACGAAGCUCAGGAUUCCGUAAAUGGAAAGAUUACAGCUGUGAAAUGAAAUUACCCUAUGUCUGCAAAUUUGAGAACUAG